CCAGCCAGGGACGGCAGUGGGGGCGAGCUCUAUGGGUAUAUGAGCAUGGAUAGACCCCUGAGCCACUGUGGCCGCCCUUACCGCAGGGUCUCUGGGGAUGGGGCUCAGGACCUGGACAGAGGACUGAGGAAGAGGACUUAUUCCCUGACCACGCCUGCCAGGCAGCGGCCAGUACCCCAGCCUUCCUCUGCCUCCCUGGAUGAAUAUACUCUCAUGCGUGCCACCUUCUCUGGCAGUUCAGGACGCCUCUGCCCAUCGUUCCCUGCGUCCUCUCCUAAAGUGGCCUACCACCCUUACCCAGAGGACUAUGGAGACAUUGAGAUUGGCUCUCACAAGAGUUCUAGCAGUAACUUAGGGGCAGAUGAUGGCUACAUGCCCAUGACCCCUGGGGCGGCCCUCAGGAGUGGUGGCCCCAACAGCUGCAAGAGUGAUGAUUAUAUGCCCAUGAGCCCCACCAGUGUGUCUGCCCCCAAGCAGAUCAUGCAGCCGAGGUCAGUGGCCUCAGCAGCCUUGCCCCCUUCAGGAGCAGCAGUGCCAGCACCCCCUUCAGGGGCAGGCAGGACCUUCCCAGUGAAUGGAGGCAGCUACAAAGCCAGCUCCCCCGCGGAGAGCUCCCCAGAGGAUAGCGGGUACAUGCGAAUGUGGUGUGGCUCCAAGUUGUCCAUGGAGAAUGCAGACCCAAAGCUGCUCCCCAAUGGGGACUACCUCAACAUGUCCCCCAGCGAGGCUGGCACUGCGGGCACGCCACCUGACUUUUUCUCAGCAGCUUUGCGUGGAAGCAGUGAGGGCCUCAAAGGUGUCCCUGGUCACUGCUACAGCUCUUUGCCCCGCUCUUACAAGGCUCCCUAUUGCAGUGGGGACAGCGACCAGUAUGUGCUCAUGAGCUCCCCUGUAGGGCGAAUCUUGGAAGAGGAGAGGCUGGAACCCCAGGCCACCCCAGGGACCUCCCAGUUGGCUGGCACNNCUGGGGGUGGCCAUACCCAGCCUCAUCAUUCAGCAGUGCCUUCCCCCAUGAGGCCUAGUGGCAGUGGUGGCCGCCCUGAGGGCUUCCUGGGCCAGCGCUGUAGGGCAGUACGACCUACACGCUUGUCCCUGGAGGGACUGCAGACCCUUCCCAGCAUGCAAGAGUACCCUCUACCUGCAGAGCCCAAGAGCCCUGGCGAGUAUAUCAACAUUGACUUUGGUGAGGCAGGUACCCGGCUGUCCCCGCCUGCCCCCCCACUGCUGGCAUCGGCAGCUUCAUCCUCUUCGCUGCUUUCAGCCAGUAGUCCUGCAUCAUCCCUGGGUUCAGGUACCCCAGGCACCAGCAGUGACAGCCGGCAGCGCUCCCCGCUCUCUGACUAUAUGAACUUGGACUUCAGUUCUCCCAAGUCCCCUAAGCCUGGCACCCAUAGUGGGGACACAGUGGGCUCCAUGGAUGGCCUUCUCUCCCCAGAGGCCUCAUCCCCAUACCCACCGCUACCCCCACGUCCUUCUGCCUCCCCUUCUUCUCUGCAGCAGCCUCUGCCACCUGCCCCAGGAGAGCUAUACCGCCUGCCUCCAGCAUCAGCUGCCACUUCCCAGGGACCUACUGCUGGCUCCUCAAAGUCCUCGGAGCCUGGGGAUAAUGGCGACUAUACCGAGAUGGCCUUUGGUGUGGCUGCUCCCCCGCCACAACCUAUUGCGGCACCCCCAAAGCCAGAAGGUGCCCGAGUGACCAGUCCCACAUCGGGCUUGAAGCGGCUAAGUCUCAUGGAGCAGGUGUCUGGGGUGGAGGCCUUUCUUCAAGUCAGCCAGCCCCCUGAUCCCCACCGGGGUGCCAAGGUCAUCCGUGCAGACCCACAGGGGGGGCGACGUCGCCACAGUUCAGAGACCUUCUCUUCUACUACCACAGUCACCCCAGUGUCCCCCUCCUUCGCCCACAACUCCAAGCGCCACAAUUCGGCCUCUGUGGAAAACGUCUCUCUCAGGAAAAGCAGUGAAGGCAGUGGCAUCCUGGGAGGAAGUGAUGAGCCACCCACAUCCCCAGGACAGGCACAGCCCUCGGUGGCUGUGCCACCAGCGCCACAGGCUAGACCAUGGAACCCGGGUCAGCCUGGAGCUUUGAUUGGCUGUCCGGGAGGGAGCAGUUCUCCCAUGCGCAGAGAGACCUCCGUGGGUUUCCAGAACGGCCUCAACUACAUUGCCAUUGAUGUGAGGGAUGAGCAGGGGUCCUUAUCGCAGACUCAGCCUCAGCAUCCACAGCCAGGAGACAAGAGCUCUUGGGGCCGGACCCGUAGCCUUGGGGGUCUCCUCGGCACCGUGGGAAGCACUGGCAGCAGCGGGGUGUGUGGGGGCCCAGGCACUGGAGCCUUGCCCUCUGCCAGCACCUAUGCCAGCAUCGACUUCUUGUCCCAUCACUUGAAGGAAGCCACAGUCGUGAAAGAGUGAAGAGCUGCAGGCUCCAUCACCACCACUACAUCAAACUCCGAAUCCAUCUGAAGGAAAUGCUUAGCAUGUUUCCAGCCAACGCUGCUCACUUCCCUUGCAGUGGGAGCAAUUCUACAUUUUGAGACUUCUGUGAAUUGUAUUAGAUAAGGAACCAAGAGGCAAGGCCACCUCCUUCGCCUGUUCCCAUAAGGGGCACUUGUCACCAUUGCACUGUUUGUGUUGCAUUUUGUUUUGUUUGUAAACUAAAUGAGUUUGAUGGAGUACACUCCCGAGAUUGGACAUUUCCAUUGGCCUUCAUGAAUCCUGGCCAUCGCUGUCAUUUCUUUGUUACUUUCAUUCUGGCAAAGCGGAUUAAUCACUCAGCAUGCAAGGAGAUCCUACAAUGCCCAUGAAAGUGGUCAAAUCUGGUAUUUAAUGGCUUAUAGCCAAAAACUACCACAGUCCUACCUCAGUUCAAGGUAAAGCCGGAUUGUUUGGCAGGGUACAGGGCAGCUCUGCCCCAGCGUGUCACAUGCUGACCUCCGUCUCUCUCUGAUAAGUGGAUGUGGAUUCCAGUCCAGGUACAUGCAAUGUUUACGUACGCACAACCCGGUGUGGGACUGACAAUUCUCCUUGGGAUUGGACUUGGAGACGGAUUAAUCCUAAUAAUUCCUGAAUGUGACUGGAUCAGCCUCCUUUUGGAAAUUGUCAGCCGUAUUUGGGGAUAGGGGUGGGGAAGGAUAGAUCUCUCUUCAUACCUUUAACAGGCUUCUUGACUCUUCUCUCUGUAGAUGUUCAUGUAAGUACUUCAGAUGGCAAAAGCCUUUUUUCCUGCCUACGAGCCUCCUGUUUGAACCUUAGCUCGCAUUCCUUGAACCAAAAACUCAAUGUAGGCAUGCUCAAAGCUCAAGGCUGUUUUGGGUUUGGCAAAUUUUGUUUUUUAAAUAUAUUAUCUCUGCCAUAAUGUUACUUUGUUGGCCAACAAGGCUGCCCAGAACAGGAGGAGAGGCAUUCCAGCCGUUGUACUGUUAAUAGCCGAAGAAGAAAACCCGCCUUUUGCCCUACACAUGCUUGUCAACAGUUCUUGACAAAGACUACCCUGGUUCUGUUUUCAGUGUUCUGAAAAUGUCAGUGUUGUAGAAUUGUUUCAUGUGUCACCUAGAAGGGCUGAGCUUGCCAGCAGAAUAUCCGUCACCUUGCUGCUCCAUCGCAGGGCUGGAGGUCCUGCCUCCUCCCCCCACCCCCCACCCCCCAGUGCCUGUCUCCUUCAUAGUCCUGUAGAGGCUACACUAAUUCUUGGAAAUGCGAGUUGCUGGUUUAUUUUUUAUUGUCAUUUUGUUUUUGUUUGGGAGAAUAUAUAUAUAUAUAAAAGUAUAUAGAUAUAUAUCACUAUAGAAUAAUACAUUGGUAAGAAGAGGCUUUUUAGAAGACGACCAAAAAAUUCCAUGUCUUAAAAAUAUAUUUAAUGGCAAUGCAGCUGUCUUCCUGCUUCUGCGCUGAACUUGUAGAAGAAGGCUGUAUUGCAAGACAAAGUUGAAUGUAAAUUGACCCCUACCCUUCGUGAAUUCUCAAGGUUUACUUUCCUGCAGCCACACAUCACAGCAGUGCACGGGGCACCCAACACUAGUGUGAGAGUCCGUUUGGGUGUAUGCUGUAUUUUAUUGACAUGUUGAAGAAUCCCCUGGAAUUUUAACUAGUGUGGGGAGUAGGAACCUGCCUGGUAUUUGCUUUGUCACUAAAUCCCCCAGGGACAGUAGGACUGACUGGUCUGAUGACAACAGCACACUUAGGCAGAUGUGGCACACCCUCCAUGUUCUGGAGUGGUCACUACAGGACACAGAUGGUACGUGCAUGUCCCUGCUGCAGCAGAAAUGAGCAAAAUGAGAAAUCAAGACUACACUAAAUUCCCCUCAUCCUGUACAUUUCAAGAAGAGCAGGCAUAUGCAAUAUUUACAUCCUUAAUUUAGUUUACAGAAUGGAACCAAAAUGUGUGAGUGUUAUGUUUGCCACACUUCUUGCUGUAUAUUGGGUCUUUGUACAUUUUGCUUGACUUAAUCUUAAAUUUAAACUAUUUUUUGCUAUAUAAACUUUAACAGUUAUUAAACAGUGUUUUCUUUGGGUACAUGUUGUUUCAGAAUAUCAAGAUGUUAAAUAUAUUUCUCGCUAUUGUGUUUUAACAAGAGAGUCACCCUCCCUGUUGUCUUCCGCUGUACAUGCUGUAUAUAGGGGUCACGUGAUGCCGCUGAAGACAAGAAUAAACUGGAGUAGAUUAGUAUGCUGUAUUUAGUCUGUAUUGACCAUGGAUGCCCUCUUUAAUAGCCAUAUGCAAUAAAAUAAAAUACAUUAUUUAUGAAAUGAA